AUGGAGACAAAGCUUUUUGACAAGAGCUGGAUUGGAAAGGUUGUUUCCUUUGCCAACUCCAACACUCGUUGGCGCCUGACCGCAAAGCUGCGCGAUAAGAACAACCAGUUCACCGCAGGCGAAAUGAAAGACUUUCCAGAUGCUAUCAGUGGCGCUUACGGGACUUUCAAGUGUGAAAAUGUAGAUCAUCCAACUAAAACAGCUUUUAUGAGGAUUGCUAUGCAAGUUCCAUAUGCAGGCGCGAAACCCGACAGUUUAGCCCGUCAGGCAUCUCAGAAAAUUCCCUCCUAUGGACAACUUAUGUUAGAUGCUUAUAGUACCUUUCGGGAAAGAGAUGUACAAUCAACUGCGCGUCUUUUGGACAUGAAAAGUGAAUCGCAAGACCACACUGGUAUGCUUCCAGGGGGGUCUAUUCUCUAUCUCGUCAUCGAAAAAGCCCCAGGAAAGCAGUUAUAUUCUGCCAGGUUCUGGAGUCUAGAGUCCCAGGAGCGUGAUAAAAUUCGAUACGCCUUCGCAGCUGCAUGGAGGGAAUGUGUUGCCAAUGGGUUUCGACCAUUCGGCGAUGUGUCAAGCUUGUUUUGGGAUAGUCUCUCAGGCACAAUUACCAUUUACAAUUUGAUGACCGCCUAUCCAACCGACCCUACUGAUGAAUGGUCGAAUAUGCAAUGGAUUGUUUGGGGUUUAGCAAAGGCGCCUGACUGGUAUAGAUGGUGGGCGGAAACCGAUAGGAACCCCAGCAUGGAAGGAUGGCUUCUUUGACUUGGAGGCUAUUAGGAUUUAUUUUUAUGUCUGAAGAAUUUCUCCAUACCUAGUAGGCAAUGGAAAAGCAAGUUAAU